AUGGUCGAAAAUCCAAAAAGUCCACAAAUUAACAAUAACUCUGUAAAUAAUUCAGUUGUUAAUACAGAGCGUUUAUUGACAGUGGACCAAUUCGAUGAAAUUUUAGCGUCAUAUUCUAUGAUGAAUGAAAAUGAAAAUAUUGUUUCUGUUUUUGAUGAAUAUUCAAAUGUGACAGACGACUUAUCUGUUCAUGGUAUUCAAGGUCAAAAAAGACCUUUUGAAGAUAGUAUUGAUUCUAUUGAAAGUAAUAAACAUUCAAGUUCAUCAAAUCAUUCACUUUUGAAUGACAUAACAGCAUUAAAACGAAAAUGUUUUGAACUUGAAUCUAAGGUUGAGAAAUUAGAGAAUGGAUCAAUGACACCAAUAGGACAUUCAAACAUUAACCGAAAUUCAAUGGAAACAAUGAAUUUUGUACGUGAUGAUAAAGAAAAUACGAAUGUUGGUAAAGAGAUAUCUAUGGUGGAUAUAGUGCGAGUAUUGAAUAUGGAUGAAAAUAAACUUUUAAAAUGUAAUGAAAAAACAUCAACGGCUACAGCACGUUCUGUGAUAAAAUCAAUGUAUCCAAAUCCACAUUCAAACUUUGGAUACCGUGAUGUUGAUAGAUCUAUUGUUGAUUCAAUCAUUAGUGAGUUAAACAUUGUUUUUCUGAUUGAAUGA